AUGUGGGUCGUCUGUGAAAAUCCAGCGGGCCAGCCCGGCCGGUACCUGCAUGUUGGCGGAAAGCGAUGGAAGGGAUAAUGCGGCUUCCAGGAUGUGGCCAUUGUCGGCUUUGGGCAGAUUCGGGUCUUCAGAGCCUGCGGCUUCUCCCUUCAGCGGGUCAGGUCAAUUCCGACCGUUCCCGUCGGAAGUUGCUUGGGGAAGUCAGGGCCCGAAUUGGGCAGGAACCUCGGGCAAGAGUGACAGACGACGGGCAAGUAGUACUUCGUACCUUCCAUUUCCACUCAGAGAAACCCAACAACCUCGAGAUCUCCUUCUGUUUAUCUCGAAAAGAAAAAAAAAAGUCACCUCGCGGCAAAUCCACCUGUUCCUCCACACACGCACACACGCCUUCAAUAUAAUAGUCGCACUGCAUUCACUCGCAACUGCGGCAAGAUGACGGCCGCCGAGCUCUGGAGACAUGAACGCCCCGAGGGUACCCAGAUGUGGAGGUUUCUGGAGUACGUGAACUCCAAGUACAACCUGGAUCUCAAAGACUACCCACAACUGUACAAGUGGUCCGUCGACAAUGUAGCAGAUUUCUGGGGCGACGUUUGGCACUUUGCCGGCAUCAAGGCCUCUAAAACUUAUGAUCAGGUUUUGCCUUCCGAGGCCCCCAUGUUUCCCAGGCCCGAUUUCUUUGCUGGCGCCCGCCUCAACUUUGCAGAGAACCUUCUCUUCCCUGCCAAAGUUGAGAUUGAUGAGUCGGUCACAGCCGUCAUCACGGCCACCGAAGACGAGAGCCACCUCGUUGAAACCUCCUGGGCCGAGCUGAGGGACCAAGUCCGCCGCUGCUCCAAUGCUCUCCGCUCUAUCGGUGUCAAGGAGAAUAGUGUUGUCGCCGGCUUCGUCGCCAACCAUGUGCAAGCCUUGGUUGCUUUGCUGAGUGCUGCCACCGUCGGUGCUAUUUGGACGGGUAUUAGCCCGGACAAUGGUGUGAGCGCAGUGCUGGACCGCCUCACCCAAAUCCGACCACAGGUGCUCUUUACCGACAAUGCCACGCUAUACAACGGUAAGGAGUGGUCCGGCAAGGCGAAGACCCUCGACGUUGUCGAGGAAUUGAAGAAGCAUGGUCUCGAGCAGGUUGUUGUCAUCAAGGCGCUCGAGAACGUCGACGCUGGGCUUGACGCAAUCCGGGAAAAGGGGGUUCACGCCGAGGAGUUCAAUGUUUUCCUCGACUCACCACCAAACUCGCCACUAGAUUUCGCUCAGCUCCCCUCUUCCCAUCCCCUCUACGUCCUCUACUCCAGCGGUACGACCGGCCUCCCGAAGGCCAUCGUUCAUACCGCAGCCGGCACUCUACUUCAGCACAAGAAGGAGCAUUUCCUGCACUGCUCUCUCUCCCCGGCUUCCCGCAUGCUUUACUACACCACAACUUCAUGGAUGAUGCAUCACUGGAGCGUCUCUGCUCUCGCCUGCGGCUCCUCCCUCGUCCUGUACGCCGGCUCCCCGUUCAAACCACAUGGCUACUACUCCAUCCCCCGCCUCCUUUCCUCCCUCCGCGUAACCCACUUUGGCACCUCCGCCGCCUACCUCACCGCCCUCGAAGCAAACAACAUCCGUCCGGUCACCGACCCCUCUUUGGAUCUCUCGGCCCUCGAAGCCAUCUACUCGACCGCCUCCCCUCUCCCUCCCUCCACAUUCACCUUCGUAUACACCGCCUUUCCCCGCAACAUCAACCUCACCUCCAUAACCGGUGGCACGGAUAUCAUCUCCCUCUUUGGCGCGCCUUGCCCUCUCCUCCCCGUUCGUGCAGGCGAGAUCCAGUGCGCCGGCCUCGGCAUGGCCAUCAGCGUUGUCGACCCCGCCUCGCCGCCCGACUCCCCGCAGCCGGUCAACCCCUCUCCCGACGACGACACGCCCCCGCCGGGCGACCUGGUCUGCACGAAGCCCUUCCCCUGCCAGCCGCUCACUUUCUUCGGCGCGGACGGCGACGCCAAGUACCGUGCCGCCUACUUCGAGCGGUUUCCCGGCCUGUGGCACCAUGGCGACUUUGUGCGCAUCGACCCCGACACCGGCGGCUUGGUGAUGCUGGGUCGCAGUGACGGCGUGCUGAAGCCUGCCGGCGUCCGCUUCGGCAGCGCCGAGAUCUACAACGUGCUCACGCGCUUCUUCUCCGCCGACGUUGAGGAUGCCGUCUGUGUCGGGCGUCGCCGCGAGGCAGACCGCGACGAGACCGUGUGUUUGUUUGUAGUCAUGGCCGGCGGUCGGGUGUUUGAUGACGGGCUGCGGAAGAGGAUUGGCGAGGUUAUCAGGCGCGAGCUGAGCCCGCGCCACGUGCCGGGGGUGGUUGAAGAGGCGAAGGGAGGCGUGCCCAAGACGGGCAACGGGAAGAAGAUCGAGGUUGCUGUCAAGCAGAUCCUGUCGGGGAUGCAGGUCAGGACGAACGCGAGUGUGGCCAACCCGGAGGCGUUGGAUUGGUUCCGGGAGUGGGCGAGGAGGGCGGAGGAGGCCCUCCUUAACUAGGAGGGUAGGGAGGGGAGUGGGUGCGCAAUGAGGGGAGAGAUGCUGAACUACCAUGGUGAUAGAGGCGGUGCUUUGGUAGAGGUUAAUAGAUAAUAAUACGAUUGGCUUUACAG